UAUAUAUAUGAAGGACCCCUUGGUUCAAUUACACUAUCAUUGCUACUCUGAGCAAAACUUCUUCUUUGAGAUAUUUUGAUUUUCGUUCUUUUAUUUACGGAAAGAAGCUCAUUAUUCUACUUCUUUGUAACAGCAGCUUUUGGUUUGUAAUUGUAAGUGUCAUCGAAAGAGAGAAAAAAAAAAAUGGGCGCUCUGGAUCAUUUUUCCGAUCUCUUUGACUGCUCCUAUGGAAGGUCCAAGCUCAAGAAACGCAAGCAGUUGCAGACGGUGGAGAUCAAAGUUCGUAUAGACUGUGAAGGAUGCGAGCGCAAGGUGAAACGGGCACUGGAAGGAAUGAAAGGGGUGCAACAAGUGGACGUUGAACGCAAGGCUAACAAAGUUACGGUCGUCGGGUACGUGGAACCCUCAAAGGUCGUGGCACGUGUCGCACAUCGAACGGGGAAGAAAGCAGAGCUGUGGCCGUAUGUGCCAUAUGAUGUGGUGGCUCACCCAUACGCCCCAGGGGUGUAUGACAAGAAGGCCCCAAGUGGGUACGUGCGAAGAGUGGAUGACCCGCAAACGUCACAACUAGCACGUGCGAGUUCCACUGAAGUUAGGUACACCACAGCUUUCAGUGAUGAGAACGCUCAAGCAUGCGCCAUCAUGUGAUAAUCACUCACCACCAUGAUCAUGAUGAUGAUGUAUAAUUAGGUUGUUGAUUUUGUGUGCCGCAAUAUUUUUAUUUUUUUAUUUCUAAGAAUUGAAGCUGUCCUGCUGUAUUCAUUUGUUGUAAGUUGUGUUAAAUCUAUUAAGUAUUUCAUGUACCGGAGACAAAACUUGUUUCACUGGAAAAUAUAUUUGUUGUAGAAAAAGAUAUAAAAAAAAAAACUUUUUUUCUUUUAA